UGGUUGAAUCCCAGCCUGCACCGUGGUGCCUAAUGGCGGCGUUGAGGGAGAAGUGAAGCUGUGAAUCGUCUGGCUUGAUCUUAUCCCCGGGCUUGUGUCCGCCCGCCGGCCGGGCUGGGCUGGGCUGGGCAGGAGCGGGGGCUGCAGUCAUGUGGGCGCUGGCUGUCGGGGUGUUGUUGUCGCUCUGCCCCGGGCCCGUGUGCGGGGAACAGCGCUAUGACGUCUAUAUUGAAGCCUGGAACUCCUUGCAGAGUUACGCAUUGUCGUUGUGGCACAUUAGACACUACAUCUGCUCUUCCAUUGUUGUUGCCAUGGGGAUUUGGGCAGUUCUUGAUUAUUUAAAUAAAACCUAUAACAAGAAGGAAGGAGUAAAGGAUAUCAUUAUGCCAAAUGUCCCCAAGGAAAUUAUUCAAAAUGGAUAUUUAGUCCAAGAAGAAAAAGAAAUCCAUGUUGCUGGUGUGAAGAUUUUCUUUGGUUCUCAGACUGGUACUGCAAAGAGGUUUGCCAAAAUUCUUGCAGAUGCUAUACAGAAACUUGGAUUACCUGUGGAAGUCAUUGAUCUGAAGGAGUAUGAUCCAGAUGAUGAUAACCUGGCAAACGAGAUUUCCAAUAAAACUCUCUGCCUAUUCAUGAUUUCCACAUACACUGAUGGACAACCUACAGAAAGUGCAGCCUGGUUCUGUAAGUGGUUGGAAGAGGCAACACAUGACUUCAGAUAUGGCAAAACAUACCUCAGAGGCUUGAGAUAUGCAGUCUUUGGCUUGGGGAAUUCCGUUUACAUUAAUCAUUACAAUACAGUUGGUAAAAAUAUUGACAUGUGGCUGUGGAUGUUGAACGCCAACCGUAUUAUGACCCGUGGAGAGGGUGACUGCAAUGUGGUCAAGAGCAAACAUGGCAGCAUUGAAGCUGAUUUCAGUGGAUGGCAAACCAAGUUCUUAAGCAGACUGCAUACACUUCUCAAAGGAGAUAAAGGAGGAGAGAAAGAGUGCAAUGGCACUUGCAAAAAGGGGAAAUGCAAGUCCAAAGAAAAGCAACAUAAAGAAAAAUCUAGUCAGGAUGAUGAAGGGCCAAAAGAUCACAGUAGCGGAGAGGAAGAGCUGUUUGAGACAACAAGUGAAGAAGAAUCAGGGGUGGAAGAUGCAACAGAAUCUGCAUCUGUCAUUGAUGUAGAGGACCUGGGCACUGUAAUGAACAACAUGAAACAAACAAAGAAGGAGGAAGUGAACAAAGAAACCGCAAAGCUCAAAUUGUCCAAGCGUGCCCUACGGAAGAAAGUAAUGGAAGAACCAAGAGAAAUGAUCACACCAGCACUUAGGAAGGCACUCACAAAGCAAGGAUACCGCCUGAUAGGAAGUCACUCAGGUGUGAAGCUCUGCAGAUGGACCAAGUCCAUGCUCCGAGGUCGAGGUGGCUGUUACAAACACACAUUCUAUGGGAUUGAGAGUCAUCGUUGUAUGGAGACAACCCCCAGUCUAGCCUGUGCCAAUAAAUGUGUCUUCUGCUGGAGACAUCAUACCAACCCCGUUGGGACUGAAUGGCGAUGGAAAAUGGACGAAGCCGAUAUGAUAUUAAAAGAAGCAAUUGAGAACCAUCAGAACCUGAUCAGGCAGUUUAAAGGUGUACCUGGAGUAAAAGCUGAACGCUAUGCAGAGGGCAUGGUGGUGAAACACUGUGCAUUGUCGUUAGUAGGAGAGCCGAUCAUGUACCCCAAAAUCAACCACUUUUUAAAACUGUUGCACCAUCAAAACAUUUCCAGUUUUCUCGUAACUAAUGCCCAGUUCCCAGAGGAAAUCAGAAAUCUUGAGCCAGUUACUCAGCUUUAUGUCAGCGUGGAUGCGAGUACUAAACACAGCCUCAAAAAAAUUGAUCGUCCUCUCUUUAAGGAUUUUUGGUCAAGAUUUCUUGAGUCCUUGAAGGCAUUGGCAGACAAGAAACAGCGUACAGUGUAUAGAUUAACUCUGGUAAAGGCUUGGAAUGUUGAUGAACUUCGAUCUUAUGCCGAUCUGAUAGAGAUUGGGAAACCUGACUUCAUUGAAGUUAAAGGAGUGACAUAUUGUGGUGAAAGCUCAACAAGUAGUUUGACUAUGGCAAAUGUUCCUUGGCAUGAGGAGGUUGUUUAUUUUGUCCAACAACUGGCUGACCUUUUGAUAGACUAUGAAAUUGCUUGUGAACAUGAGCAUUCAAACUGCCUCCUCAUAGCACACAAAAAGUUCAAAGUAAAUGGAGAAUGGUGGACUUGGAUAGACUACGACCAAUUUCAGCUUCUCAUCAAAGACCAUGAAGAGAACAGUGGCACCAAAAUAUUCUCUGCAGAAGAUUACAUGGCAAAGACACCAGCCUGGUCACUCUUUGGAGCGAAGCAGAGAGGUUUUGAUCCAGUUGAUACAAGGUUCCAAAGGAAAAAACUGAAGGACAUUUCUGGAUGCUAAAAAUAUUCAAUUGGAUUCAUCUAUUUCUCUCUUCAUAGAUGCUGUCUGAUUUGAUGAGUAUAUCCAGCAUGUUGUCAUUUGAUAGACACAAAAUGCCGGAGUAACUUAGCAGGACAGGCAGCAUUUCUGGAGAGAUGGAAUGGGUGACGUUUUGGGUCGAGACCCUUCUUCAGACUUCAGCUCAGUCUGAAGAAGGGCCUCGACCCGACAUCUCCCAUUACAUCUCCCUAGAGAUGCUGCCUGUCCCGCCGAGUUACCCCAGCAUUUUGUGUCUAUCUUUGGUGUAAAUCAGCAUCUGCUGUUCCUUCCUACACAUGUUGUCUUUUGAUUCUAAUUAGAUUUGUAUAUGGCAUCACAGAAUGGGAGAAACUAUGUGGCCAGUGCUCAUUGUAUUUUACAGCAGCCAUGUACUGGAAACGUAAAGUGUUUUAGCCUGAGCAUACAUGGAUGGAAUUUACCCAUACAAGUGUGCAGAAUUGGCUAUUAUAAACUCUACAUUCAGAUGAUGUAGCAUAUCCUUAAUCCAAAGAGCUGUCAGUUGACAAGGUCAUAUGAAAAUAGAACCAAUGUGAUUACUAAACAUUGCGUAUGUUACAUUCACUGGGUUUUAUUUUUAUUCAAUUUUUUUGUUACGGACAAUUGCCCAGAAAAUUAUCUUCAUCUGAGUCUGUAUUGAUUUUUUUUCUCUGUAACACAGGUUGACAAUCUGGCUCAGGGACACUGAUCUUUCCUCUCACUCAGUUCAUACAAAAUUUAGGCCAGGAUUGUAUAUCACAUAUUUGGUAUGGCAGUCAGUAUUGAAUCUUGAAACUGUUGAAUUUUCAUGCAUCAUGUUCUUUCAUCUAAUUUUGACCCCUUCCUCCUGAAGCUGCUUCACACAGCCCGAAGGAUGGGAAUGCCAGAGGCAGGGUGUUGUUCUGGUCUGUGUUACUGCCUAUACAGUGAUGACAAGGAACAGACCUCGGAGCCCAGAGAAAGCUUAAAAAUGGUAAAAGUAUUGCAAUACUUAAACCAGUUUUGAUCGUGUUACUUAUAAAGGCGCUGGAAUGAAAGCUGAGAAUACUAGAAAUACUCAGCGGUAGAGGAAGUGUUUGAGGAAAGAAAAACAGUAAUAUGUUAAAUUCUUAAAUUUACCAGAAAUAAAGGGUGGCACUGGGGCGCAGCGGUAGAGUUGCUGCCCAACAGCGCCACAGAUCCGGGUUCGAUGCCGACUAUGGGUGCUGUCUGUAUGGAGAUUGUACAUUCUCCCCAAGACCUGCGUGAAUUUUCUACAGGAGCUCCGGUUUCCUCCCACACUCCAAAGAUGUACAGAUUUGUAGGCUAAACAAAUUGUCAAUUGUCCCAAGUUAGUGUAAGAUAGUGUGCAGGGAUCCCCUGGUCAGCACGGACUCGGUUUGCCAAAGGACCCGACUCCGCGCUGUAUCUCUAAACUAAACUAAACAUUUCAGGUCCAAGAUCCUUCAUAGAUCUGAAAAGUUAAUUCUGUAUGUCUUUCCACAGACGUUGCCUGACCUGUCGAGUGUUUCAGAUAUUAUCUGUUUUUAUUUGUUUUUCAAUCUACACUUUUCUGCUUUUCCUUUGGAGUUGGAAUGUCAUCUCCUUUGUUAAGGCAGUAAAUGUUUUGAGUUUUAUUCCACUGCCUUAAUGUAAGUUUAUGACUGUAUAUGGAAUACGAUAAUAAAUUUUGUUACCCCAGUUUU